UGCAAAUGUAUACGGUUAGAGUUAUAGGCCAUUGCACUGUGCAUAUUUGCAUGUGUACUCUUUCUAACCUGAGCUAUAGAAAUACAAAUGCAAAUGUGUAAAGUGAUUUUGUAUGUAUUUGCACUGGACAUAGUUUCAGCUCAAGAACGACAGUCUUGGUCUCUUCGGAGACAUCCGAUAAAAAAGGAGGACAGUCUUCAAUAUGUGGAUUGUGGACCAAAGGAGGAAAACGUUGUGACCGGUGAGUGGUGACUUUUGCGAAAAGCAAAUGGCGGGAGAGUUAUACUCUUAAGUUUUAAUAAAGCAUUUCAGCAUUUGCACACACACAGUAGCCAAGCAGUUCCAGUUCAUACUCGCCAGGAAUUUAGUUCAAAGUCUUCAAGAGAGGGAUAGAUACUGAGGAAAUGGAGGGAGAUGGGAUUUUAGUUGGACAGAUCCUUCCUGCCUUGCGCAUUCGUCUCCCGUCUACGACCACUGAGGUCUGGUCUUAUCAUCCCAGCCUCGUUAAAUUAUUUCUCUCUCACACCUUCUAUCGAAUAGCUUAAGAAUGUAUUAUUUAUGGUCUCUCAUUGAAUGUCUAUUGGAUUAAUUUCGAUUCAUGGAGGUUGACGAUUGUAAUAAGAGGGGAAGAGGGGAUAUGGUUCUUCGUCCCUCUCAUUCUUUUCACAAGAAACAGAGAAUCGUUGCAAAUGCGGGCUUUUGCUAUUUGAAAUCCUUUGAUGUUUCUCCAAUUUUAUCGAGCACAAGUUUUAUUUAUAAUUCAAUUUGUCUAAGGUCGGAUUGGCUUUAUACCAUUGGUCGGAAUAAUCGAUGCUGUGAAAUUGUGUUUGAGGAUGCUCGAAUAAGCAAGCGGCAUUGCCAGAUUUUCUUUGAUGGGUUGCUGCAAAAGAUUUUUAUUGUGGACGGUUUCUUCAUGCCUUGUAGUCGUGAUUUGGAUGAUAUAAGGAGAAGAUUUCGAUGUUGUCUUGAAGGGAGAGAGACAAAGGAGGGGUUUAGUGUUAGGGGUUCUUUAAAUGGGGUUUUCGUUAAUGGCUUUAGGCUUGGCAAAGGAUCUGUCAUGGAGUUAUCUGUUGGGGAUGAAGUUUCCUUUGCUUGUAGAAACGAAUUCAAUUGCAGUCCGGGAAUUAGGAUUCGUUUUGUCGUUGAAAGGGUUAUUUUCACAGAGGAGGUUCCCAGGUUAAAUGGGAUUACAGUAGAUAGGCAGUUAAUUGGGGAAGCAGAAACUAUUGCAGGAUGUUCUGUGGGACAAGCAGUACAUGGAGAAGGAAGCGAAAAUGUACUUGGUUUAGGGGAAAAUGAUGUAAGCAAGCACUUAGCUCUUUGUAGAUCAGGAUAUGAUGACGUUACUGGCAGAGCUGUUUUUCUUUUAAGUCAAUGUAGGCAGAUGUUAGACAGUCUGGAUCCCAUAAAUUACAUUCAAGGUUCUGUGUUUUUGAAUAGUAUACAUAAAAAUGGGAAUCAGGCUAUCAGUAGAGAAAAAAAAUCUCAAGGUGUGACUUCAAAUGACAUUGUGAAAGUUAAAUUGGUGAAAAAUGGUAGGCCUGGUUUUGUGCGUGAACCAAGUCCUUGUUGUGUCUUGGAUGCUGGAAGGCUUAGUGUGGUGAAGAGGAGCUUAGUUGGGGAGGCUGUGUUUGCUUCAGAAACAAACCCCUCUCCUGCAUCUAACUGUGCUUUCGAUGACAAAGAGAAACAUGCUAAUGAAACUUCUGUUGUAAAAGCUGUUUCCAGUGGUGAAUUCAAGAGUCUGGUACCAAAUUCUACCAGAAAAGGCCAUCAAGAUAACAGUGGUUUCAAAUUAAAGAACAACAGGACAUUUGAUUGCUCAUCAUCAGGGGGGACAUUCUGCCUGAACCGUCUUGAGUUUAUGGAACACCGUUCACUAGCUCAGCAUUCUGUGAUUUCCUUGCCGGAGCUUCUUUAUCCUAUAGAAAGCCUUUUGCGCAUAUUUAUUGCAACCUUUACUAGCGAUAUUUCAUGGUUUUUAUCAUACUGCGAAGUCCCCAACCAUCUUCCAAUAACGAUUGCAUGCCAUAAUACUGAAAGAUGUUGGAAUUCUAAUCCUGAUAAAAGAAUCUCAGUUCCGUAUUCAGAUUUUCCAAACUUGGUAGUAGUUAAUCCACCAUUUCCUGAGGUUAUAGCCUUUGGUAGAAAUCAAGACAAGAGACAAGGCAUUGGAUGCCACCAUCCAAAGCUGCUUGUUUUGCAAAGAGAAGACAGCAUCCGUGUUGUUGUAACUUCAGCAAAUUUAGUGUCAAAACAGUGGAGUAGUGUAACCAAUACUGUUUGGUGGCAAGAUUUUCCGAGCAGAAAUGCACCUGAUUAUUCAUCUCUUUUUACACAUCCUUCUGAUGGUGAAACUCUUCAAGAUUUAAAUUCAGAUUUUGCUUCUCAGCUGGCUGGAUUUAUGGCAUCUCUUGUAGUUGAUGCACCUAGUCAGGCAUAUUGGAUCAUAGAAUUGACUAAGUAUGACUUUGGAGGGGCUGUUGGACAUUUGGUUGUUUCAAUCCCAGGAAUGCAUCUUCAAAAGACUCAUCCAUCAGAAUGCAUGCAUGUCUUAUCUCAGGCAAUAUGUGCUUCCCGGUCAUCAGGCAUGAAAUUCUUUGGUUCUAUUGAAACAUCUGUAGUGGGUUUAAACCACCGGUUUCAUACCGCAGCUGAUUCAGAAGGUGUGCAGCUUAAAAUGCUUGCUUCUUUUCUCUCAAAGUGCAGUGAAAAUGCAUACGGACUGUCUGAAGUUGUCUUAAGAAGAAACACUAAUAUACCUGCAGAUGUAAAUGCUAUUAGUGUUCUCAUUUCUGACUUGGAUGAAUUCUCUGAGGGAGAUUACAUUCAACUUGGUUUUCUGCCUAGAGAUGUGGCAAAGUGGGUAGCUCCUUUAUGUGAUGCUGGCCUUUUCAGUUUCUCUGCUUGUAUUUGUCGUAAAGAAGCACUAAAAGCUGCAUUAGAAGGAAGAAACGACAAAGUUCUGAUGAUAUUGUAUGUGUCACAGGGACCUAACUUUUCAGAAAUACAAAAGGUGAUGAAACCUGAGCAUGUUCCUGCAAUAUGUUCACUCGUUGCAUCAGUUCAGAGGUGCUUUGGCCUCUGGCGAUUACAAGAGGUACUGGGUCGAUACAAGUGGCCUGAAUCACUUGAAACUGAUUUUGUUUAUGGUUCAUCCUCAAUUGGUACAUCAGUCAAUGCAAACUUUUUAGCUGCAUUUUCGGCAGCUGCUGGAAAGAGGUCAUUCCAAUUCUCCGAGUCGGAGGAAUCUGAUCCAGAGUGGGGCUGUUGGAAUGCUAGUCAAGAAUUAAGAAGUCCAUCUAUGAGAAUAGUCUUCCCUACCAUUGAAAGAGUGAAAGGUUCAUCUUGUGGAAUCUGGCCUUCUAGACAUGUGCUGUGCUUUUCAGAGAGAACAUGGCAGAGGCUAAGAAAUGUUGGCAUAUUUCAUGAUGCAAUUCCUCACCCCAGUGAGAGAAUAGGUUACCCAAUGCACAUCAAGGUGGCACGAAGGCGCUUUCAACGCACAACAGAUGGGGCUUCUUUUGGAUGGGUCUAUUGUGGAUCACAUAAUUUCAGCCCAGCUGCCUGGGGGCGCCCGAUGUGCAAUACUUCUGGUUUAAAAGCAGAUGAAGCUGCAGGAGCCACCUGUGCCUUGGGUUCCAAACUUCAUAUUUGUAACUAUGAGCUUGGGAUCAUAUUUAUCAUACCCCCACUGGAUAAAAUAAAUGGUACUAACCACAAAACUUCAAGUGUGGAUGACAUUAUAUUGCCUUUUAUCAUGCCUCCCCCAAAGUACCAGCCAGAAGAUAGGCCAGCCACAGGUCAAGCCAUGAAGGAGGCCUUACUUGAACUCGCUAAGCUGGAGAAGGAAAAAUUGACUGCUAAAGUGAAUAUUGAAGAUUUGAUGGAUGAAGAGUUUCCAGAUGAAGAGGAAGAAGAAGGGAACACGGUAGAGGUGAUGCAUUAUGUUGUCGAGGAGAAAGAAGAGGAGAAUGCCUAUGCACGGACGUUGUGGAGCCAAGUGGAAUCAACCCAGAAUUAAAACUUAAAGAUAAAUCUUAAUUGCAAGUUUGUUCCAUAAACCAGGGGUCUGGAAAGCAAAUAAUCGUUUGUAUGCUUGUUUAAAAAAAAUCAUUUGUAUGCUAUUAUUGAUGUGGAGUUGUAGACAGAAAAGUACUGUAAAUAACAAGUAACUUCCUAUUGCAGCAAUUAGUGAAUUACUGUAAUAAAAAUUUCAUGCCAUUACUGGGAUUUGAA